GUUUACACGCUGAUUUUAUUUCAGAUGUGAAUUGAAGCUCAGAUCGGCAGAUCUUUCUUGGAUUAUUUUGAAUUUAUUCUAAAAUGAUCAAUAAAAAAUAUAUUUACACUCUACAAGUGUGCGUUUUUCUAUUUUCUAUUAUCUCUGCCGACGAACAAAGCAGCAUCUGUGACAAAUCAAGAUGCAAAGGUCCGGUGAAAUACUACGAAAGUUUAGGUUGCACUCCGAUUUACAGUGACGCUGAUAAUUGCUGCCCGAUAAGAUUUAACUGUGAUCAUCUUAAAGGGAGAGCAAGAAACAAAUGUUAUUACAGGGGCCGCGCUUACGAAAUUGGAGAAGCCUUGGAGGCAGAAAAUACCCUACCUUGUGACAUUAACUGCGUUUGUAGCGAAGGGUGGAAGGACAUUGCGAGUUUCUCGUGUGCGGAGGUCGAUUGUUUUGGUCUAGCAGACCCGGGAUGUUAUCUCAAAUCAGCUCAUAAUCAAUGUUGUGAUUGGCCUCAAAUAUGCCCUGCUAACGAGACCAACUUGGCUACAUGUGAGCUUGACGGCAAGACGUACUACGACGGACAGCCAUUCACUCCAACAUCAGAACCAGAUUUAUAUUGCAUUUGUGGUCCCGGGUACACAGGGCAAAAUGUGGAGCCGUUCUGCAAGAACAGGAACUCAGAAUCUUACCCCUGUGACGCAGAUUUGAGAGGAGCUUAUGACAUACAUAACAAUUGCACACCUGCAUUUUACAUAAACCAAAAUCCAGCCACCGAAUGUAACUUAAUGUCCCGAUGUCAGAACAAGAAUGACGAAGUAUUAAAAAGAACUGCCACGACUAAAACUGAGCUGGAAACUAUUGAUAAUCCAGAUUGGACCUGCAUCUUCGGUAACUUGACGAUGAACCUUGGUGACGAAUUGAAUCAAGGAACUCACUACGAUUCUGUCUGCAUUAGAUGCGUUUGCGAAGUUCCGCCGUACCCAACCUGCCAACGUCUCCCUGACAAUGAAUGCGACGUCACCGUUCACGCUAAAUUUGAUUGACAAUAUUUUUAAAUGAAUCAUCGAAAAAAAACGUCCUAUACUCAUGAGAAUAAUAGGAUUGAAAAUCAGUUCAAUAAAAAAUUUAUCAACAUAAGCCCUUAUACAUUUAAGAUUAUACUCGGAAUAAAUAUUAUUGAAAAAAAAGUCUUCAAAGAUGUCACCUUUUAUGCAGGGUCACCUACUAGAAAAAAAAUUUGAUAAAACUACAAGUUUACGGAAUAUCCGACUGACUGCGUGUCCUUUCCAACAGGCCAUUCUCUGUAUGAGUGAUAUAUCUAUAAAUGCAUGUAGAACUUUAUCUAUACCUACACAUAGAUAUAUUGAACAUUUUUGUAGCUGCACAAUUUAAAUUGCAAAUGAAUAAUUGCGAACAGUAAUUACUGUGCCUGAUAUGAGCUACGUAUUAUAUUGAUUGUGAGUUGUGCCUGAAAGAAGAACUUCGACCGGAUCAGAUCCCAGUUAAUAUCAUGUCAGUUAUGUUUUUUUUUCACACACUGAAUACAUUCAUCAUACUUGUCAUUGCAAUAUUUUUAUAUUUUCAAAUGUAAAUUGGAGACCAGCUGACAUUGAGCUGAGAAACAUACGCAACUUCUCCUCGCUUAAUACGAAUAUGUGAAAAACACCCUAUGUACGACACCGAAUGCGGUACAUAAAUGAAUUUGGCAUUGCAAUUUUUCGGGGGGGAAAAAUUCAGUCAACAUUCAGCAUACGGAGUCUGUGUGUAUCAUACUCGACAAGAACUAGCGAACUUGAUGUGUGUCUGAACAAAUUAACAUAAGAAUAUCUUAGCGAAACCGAAAAAAAGACAAAGAUUGUAAAAAUGAAUUGACGAUAUUAAUUAUUCACAUGUUUUUCAAUAAAUAAACCAGGGGAGAUAUUCUCCGACUUGGUUUUGGUCACUUAUUUUACACAUCGAACACCAUUAAUGGCCAUUAUUGAUAAAAAGUGAGGCUGUGAAUGAAAAAUAAAAAUAAAUAGCGUCUUACUGUGAA